AUGCAUCUGAGCUGCUUCACGCUGCUCGCUGUUGGAGCUGCGACCGUUAAUGCAUUCCGGGAUACAUCGCCCUUUUUCCUUGCCUCCACUUCCGAGAUCACACUCCCUUCGGAACAACUCAAGACCGCUACAUCUUUGCUGGAGGAGCUCACUCUGAAGUUCAGCACUUGCCCCUCGGACUACUAUGUGAUUGUCUCUCAGCCCGGCGUGCAUAGCACUGAUUUCGCUACCCUUCGAUCCGCUCCCCGCCUAGGGGCAAAGAUGACGGGACAAGAUAAGGGCAUUCGAUCGACCAUGACAGUCCAUGAAGUUGCCGGCGUGCUGGAAGCGAAGCAAAUCCAGAACUUGCUCGAGCGAGACUGUGGGGCCCAAACUACUGUUGUCGAUGGCGCCUCUGGCUCUUAUCCUUCCGAUUUUGGCGCCGCUCCUCAUGUUAUUUACAUCGAUUUUCCCGUGCUUCCUCUGGGGACCGAAAGGUCACAGCAACUUUCCGAUAAUGAUGGUCUUAUUUCUGAUAUUAUCGAGCGGCUUCCUGCUAAGAAGGAGUACUCUGUUCUAUAUACAACUUCGCCAAAGGAAUUCGUCGGAUCCGAUUCCAGUGUCUACCAACCAAAGGGAGACCUCUACCAGGAUACUAUCCAUAUGGAUCUUAAGCGUGACUAUUCAGCGCAGCCUCGUCAGGAUAAUACUCCUUCUAACAACAAAUCUCUAUUCCAAGAGUACCAGUACUUCACACCGGGUAUGCUCCCAUUGGACCCGCCCCGCUUCCGUCCUAGACAGUUUGCCCUGACCAGUUUAGAGGUCCCUUACGCGGCCUUUGAGAAGGAUACCGCCUCAAGCGUACAGAAGAAGCAGCAGUGA